AUGUUCAGUGUGGAAGAUCUCUUAGUGUCUCAUGGAUACAGAGUGUCUAAAAACUCACUUUCUACGUAUCAGACCAGGAGUGACGGAUGCCAAGUUGAGGCGACAGAAAACAGGUCUGGCAACAAUGUGACAUUGAAUGGUUAUCAGACGGACCGGGAGGUCUUUGAUGCAAACCCAAAUCCUCUUGCUAAAAGCAACUUGGAGAGUGACUAUGAAAAGGGUUGUAUGAACAAGAGAAGGCAGAUACAUUCUGUUGGGUAUCCCAAAGGCCAACAAUGUUUCGAACCAUGUCAUAAUUCGGAAACAGGGUACGUCUUCAACAUUUAUACCAUGCUUUAUGUUUUAUGUAUUUUUAAAGGUUAUAUGAAAUAAUGCUGUACCUUGUUUUGCAAAACACAAUGAAUAGCAUGAAGGUCAGGGGUGAGCAUAGGACCUCUUGGCCACCAAAGUUUGAGUUACUUUUAAAAUAAUACAAUUGAACCUAAACUGUACAUGCGCAUAAAACCACGCUAAGCACCGGUGCUGAAAGAAGUGGUUAAACCUAACAAUGUUCUAUAAAUUCCAGGUAAGGACCCUGAUGAGACAUUGUCCCUACAUUUUCACUAAUCAAGGACAAAGGAUGGCUGUCUGCUUUAACUCCUAUUAUGCCAGUAAAAUCAGAGGAUGGGUAAAAGUUUGUAGUGGUAGAGAUUAGAACAAAAGCACUGGAUGCCAGUGAACGUCAACGUUUAAGGGAAAGUUGGUAUUUGUGGAGAAAAUGUUUAAUUUGGGAAUACAGACAAAGUUUAAAAGAAACUUUUAAAAUAUUAUUUUAGCACCAGAGAUGGUAAUUGCUUAUAAUCAUAUAUAAUAAUUGCACAUUCUCGAAGGGCUGCAUUCAUAUUGCACACAUCAGGCAUUGCUUGGCUAUCACAAAUUUAAUAUAAUCGUUUUUCUUUAGCUGGGUAUAGGUGUAAAGUAGUUGGGGGCAGGUAAAAUAGGCAGGAUGUGCUCAUACAUUCACAUUUACUUAAGACAGAACUGUCUAAUGUCUAGUAUACCUGGGAAAUUUUAGUAUGUCCACCAUAACUGCAUGGACCAAGUGGUCUGAGCUACAACUAGUUUGCCUUAGGAAACAUGUGUAGUAUCCCUCAACUUGUCUAGUCUGGGAAGAAUAUCUUAAAGGAACACUAUAGAGUUAGGUAUAUAAAUGUGUAUUCCUAACACUACUGUGGCCUAGGUGACUGGACCCCUGCUGCCAGUGAGAUCCACUUACCACCAUAUCUUCUGCACAGCAUUUGGGCACCCCCCUAAUCUAAAUUGUCCCUACCCAUUCUUGGUCAAGACCACACCACUUCUUGUUUAUGACCAACACACACUUAGACUGAUUGACACCACUCAGUGACAGAUACACACUCUUUGAUACACAUACACUGACAUACAUGCAUACUCACUGAUUUGAAACACACGUCCUCACUGAUUUGACACUCUGACAGACACACAUAAUCACUCAAAAACACACUGACAGACACACGCUCUCACUGACAGACACACACACGCUCUCACUGACAGACACACACAUUCACUGACAGACAUUCACUAACAGACACACUCACUCAAAGACAUACACUGACACUUUGAUAAAGCCUCUUUGCAGGAGAAACGCGUUAGUGUUUUUUAAAGCUGUUUUUAUGUUACAAUUUUUUUUAUCUCCAACAAAGAUAGCUCAUUUAUGCUAUUGGAGCCUCCAAUAUCCUUUUUAUUCUAUUUUAUUUUAUAAUAUAAUUCCUUUUACUCUCUCCAACACCCCCACUGGAGGACUCGAGGAGUGAUAUCCUUGGUGGGGAUCAUACCACCUACGCUUGCAUAUAUUGAGCAAUAUCCUAUUUGCUCUUCACUUGUGAGUAUACCUUCAUUAUUUUGUGUUUUUAUCCUUUUUAUAUAUCACCAAUUAUUUGAAUAACAGCCUACUGCCAUUGGAAAGGAGAUAUACCCUACCACCACUGGAGACCUCCUUUUUGAGGACAUCCAAGGACCAUCUACAUAUCCAUAGGCGGGGAUUGUACCGUCCAGGCGCACAUAUCUGGAGCUGAGUAUAGGCCCCAGAAAAGUUAAGUGCAAUUCCUUUCCCUUCAUUUACCAUCACUUAAGAUCUCAAUAUACUACACUGUAUCCGUGUCUUUUUCCUUCCCUUCUCCAUAUCGCUCUGAGCGUGGGAAUUCCUUCACAGGCGCUGCUCCCUGAUCCUACUACCUACAUACACUGACACACACACACACUAACAGACACACUCCCUCACUCACUCACAGACAUACACUGACAGGCAUACACACGUUAAGCUGACAGACACACAUACUCACAGACAUACACUGACUGACACACACACUCACAGACACACACUGACAGACACACACACAUUCACUGACAGACACACACACUAACAGGUAUACACUGUAACACACACUAAGAGACACAUUCAAUGACAGACAGACAUACAUACUCACAGACAUACACUGACCGACACACACACGCUCACUGACAUACACUGACACUCUCAGACAUACACUAACAGACACACACUGACAGACAGACAUACACACAUUCACACACUCACUCAAAGACAUACACUGACACACACACACACACACACACAUUCACUGACAUACAUACAUACUCACAGAUAUACACUGACCAACACACAUACUCACUGAAAUACACUGUCAGACACACACUGACAGACAGGCACGCAUUCACUGACAGUCACACAUACUUACUCACCAACAUACAUUGGCACACAUUCACUCACUCUUAGUCAUGCACUGACAGACACUCACUUACAGGCAUAUACUGACACACUCACUCACUCAUUCACUCACACACUCACAGACAUACACCAGCAGACUCACACUCACUAACAGACACACAGCCUGAUAUUGACAGACUCAGAUUCACAUACAUUGCCUUACACAUAUAUAUAUAUAUAUUUUUUUUUUUCUUUUUUUUUUAAUUCCUUUGGGAGAGCUGGAGUGGUUUCUUUACCUGGGGGUCCAGUAAAGUUGAUGUCACUUGGGUCCAGUAUAGGUGCUGGGUUGGUUGGGUGGUUGUGCAGGCUCCUAGGCUGCUAGGCUCCUAUGCUCUUUGGUGGGUAGGGGGGCGACCGGUCAAUAGAAGCGGUGCGGAAGCUGUAAUCUUACUGCUCAGCUAACUCGCCCGUCGCUUAAUGAUCCCAGGAGCUGGAGUGACGUCAUAUUCCGGCACCAGCAUCACAGCAGGGCAUGCAAGGGAGCUGAGCAGGAAGAGCUCAGAGGAUGGCUCCCCUCACCACCCACCCGUAAUAUUAGCUGCCACCGGGGGGCUCUGACUUUCCCAGUCGGCUAGCUCUUGGAUCCCCCAUUAAAAAGGCUAACUAAAUAUGUGCCAGGGUACUUGGAGAAUGAUGGUGAUUUUUGCUGCCCCCCUGAAUGUGCCGCCCCAGGCAAAUGCCUUGUUAGCCCCUUGGAAGGUAAGGCCCUGGAUCUACGGUGUUUAGCUCUGCCUCUUCGACUGAGAUCAUCGAGACUGAUGAUCUCAUCCAAUCCAAUGCUUUCCUUAAGGAAAAGGCUAGUGUGCACUCACUCGGUAAAACCGAUGCAUUGCACCAAUCAGAUGGUCUCUUUGAGACUGAUAGAAAUAGAGGAGUUUUUUACUCCACUAACUCAGCAAGAACCCUCAAUAGCUGUUAGUAUUGCAGCCACUUGAGUCAGGUUAACCCUGCAAUGAAAGCUUUGUUGUUCCUUCACAACGGCAAUGAUUCCAGUUUCAGGGUUAAAAUUGGGGGGUGGGCAUUGUUUCCAAUUCCAUAUAGAGUUAUAGAGUUCCUUUUAAUAACCAUACAUUGCACUGAGAACUAGCUUAAACCCUUCUUUGCUAUGUGUGCAAUGAUAUAUUAUCUCAUAACCACAAUAAUUGAUAUGGGAAGCUCCAGUCCCAUGACCUACAAUCAUACAUCAAUUGUUUUUAAACAUUAAACUAUGUGCAUUAAAAAAAAACUAAAAAACUGCUCUGCAGCUAGUUUGUCUCAGUUUAAACAAGAAUUGUUGAGUCACAUGUGAUGUUUAGCUGUUUGCAAUGUUAACCCCUUAAGAACUAGGAAGUAGACUACUAUCUAUAUCAGGCUUCCCCAAACUCCGGCCCUCCAGAUGUUGCUGAACUACAAGUCCCAUGAUUCUAUGAAUAAAAUAGAUAGGCUGAGAAUCAUGGGAGUUGUAGUUCAGCAACAUCUGGAGGGCUGGAUUUGGGGAUGCCUGAUCUAUAUCAUGACCUGUCUGUAACAUCAGUGAUCCUUAAAUUUAUAUUAUAGUGUUAGGAAUACAAAACUGUAUUCCUAACGUUAUAGUGUUCAAUCCUUUCCUGUGGGGAUUUUGACGGCCAACAUACAACGUCGUUUCUGUGAAAAGCCGGCAACCACUAGAGGCUGUCUUAAUCCUGCAAUGUAAACAUUUCUCUGAACUGUAAUGUUUUUCAUUGCAGGGUUAAAGGACCACUAUAGUGCCAGGAAAACAAACUCCCGCCGGGCUGAAGGGGGAGGAAGGGGUUAAUCGCUUACCUUUCUCCAGCCCCAGGCUCCCUCGGCGCUGGGGAAAUCUUCUCCCUUUUCAGACGUCAGCGCUGAAUGAGCAUGCGAGGCAAGAGCCACGCACUCAUUCAAUCAGUCCAUAGGAAAGCAUUUCUAAAUGCUUUCCUAUGGAUAUCAGCGUCUUUUCACUGUGAUUUUCACAGUGAGAAGCGCGGAAGUGCCUCUAGCAGCUGUCAAUGAGACAGCCACUAGAGGCUGGAUUAACCCUAUUGUAAAACAUGGUAGUUUCUCUGAAACAGUUGCAGGGUUAACCCUAGAUGGAUCUGGCACCCAGACCACUUCAUUGAGCUGAAGUGGUCUAGGUGCCUAUAGUGGUCCUGCUACCACACAACUUCAAUGAGAUGAAGUGGGCUGGGUGCCAUUAGUGUCCCUUUAACCCGAGGCUACCAGCAAAACGCUAAUGCCUCUGAUGUGUUUUGCACUCAUUAGCAUGCUGAAAUUUUUUCUGCCUGCUCAGCUCUUUGUAAUUUGUCCCAAAAAGAAACCCUUUUUUCCAAAUUAGUGUUGAUGCGUAAAUCAGCCACUGACAGGAGUGAGUGGGCUGAACUGCUGUAAGCCUAGUAUCCUUCAGAAGGAAAAGACACUCAUUCAGACACAUGGUAAGGAUAUCAUUUAGUGGUUGAACUAAUGUAGAAAGGACCCUGGAGUAAGACAUUUAUCCCCCACCCUCUAGUGCAAGGAUGGCUAAAAGGUAGGUCCUUAACGAGAUCUACAUUUUGUAUUUGUGAGCAGUGUAUGUGUUCUUGAAUGUAAACAUGUUUUUACAUGUAGUAUGUGCGUUUUUGAAUAUCGUAGUGUAUUUGUAUGUACUGUUGCCAUGUGAAUGUAGUGGUGUGUUUGUAGUAUUUGCAUUUGCAUGCAGUUGUGCAUUUGUGUGUAGUGUUGGCAUUUGGUGUAUUUGCGUAUUGUGUUGGUGUUUGAAUGCUUGGAUGUAUGGACAUAUACACAUACACUGCCUCACACAUGCACAUUGCCACACACAGACACAAAUAUGCUGACAUAAAUACACACACACACACAAUGGCCCAUACAUACACUCAGUGACCCAUACACACACAGUGACCCACACACAUAGUGACUCAUAGACACACACAGUGAAUCAUAUACACACACAGUGACCCGUACACACACACAGCAACUCAUACACACACACACAUUCAUGCGCACACAGUAGUGACCAAUACACCCACACACUGACUCAUACAUACCCAUACACAAAGUGACUUCUACAGUCUCACCUUCAGUGCAGGAUUAAGCACAUGCCACUGUGUCCAGCACUCACACACACACACACACACACUCAAUGACCCAUACACACACAAUCAGUGACUCUCUCCUCCCCCACCCUACACACACACAGUAACCCAUACAUACACACAAUGACCCAUACAUACACACAGUAACCCAUACAUACACACAAUGACCCAUACAUACACACAAUGACCCAUACAUACACACAGUGACUCAUACAGUCCCUUUUGUGUUUCUUAGCCUUUCUUUUGAAUGCCUUAUCCCCUUUAGUAUAUCUUAUGCCCCUUUUGUCUUACACUCCCCUUUAGUAUAUAUUGUCCCCCCAUUUUUUCCCUAGCAUGGCCGAACCGCGGACUGCGGUAGGGGAUCUUCUGUAUCCUGUACCUGGUCUGACAGGAAGCAGUCCAGUGCUCUCUGUUCGCACUUUCUGUCAGACUAGGUAAAGGAUACAGAAGAUCCUCUACUGUGAUCCAUGGGUUGGCCACACUCCAUGCAGUGACUGGCUGGGGGGGAAAGCUGUGCUGUGUGCUCUCCUCCUGUCGGUCAAACAGAUCCUGCGCCCCCCGGGCUGGUGGCACCCUAUGGCAGCCACUUGUGACGCCUUUUGGUAGCCAUAAUCACACAAUUUAGUCUUGUAGAAUAUCUCUGUGCUGUACUCUUGGUGUGCCCUUGAGGGAGAGCUUCUGGUAAGUGUAAAUACUUUUAGAUGACAGAGCCUCAUUAAUGAGACCAAAACAUUAAACUCAUAUAUUAAAAACAUCAAGGCAUAGGUGCCCACAGCCCUGAUUUUGCUAGGACAACCAAUCAUUUUGGGUUACUGACCCUGAAAAUGUAGGUCCUGGGCCACAUUUUUAAAUCUGACUACCAUUUUCAAAAUGCAGGAGGGGAGUGAGCACUAGGAGCAUACACGUAGUAUUUAGUAGUGCUCCAUGCAAAGUCUGCUGGAGACAGCAACUUGUUAGUCUUUGCCAGAUUGGCACGCUCCUUUGGCAGGUGGAUCUGCCUCUUUUGCCUCCAGGAAGCCCUCUGGAGUCUGGACUUAUGCUCUCUCUCCUGCCCACCUCCGAAGGUUGGCAGGAAAUUUUGGUAAGUAUGAUUAGGUUAUACUAGUACCCAGAGUCCUUUCAGAGUACCAAUGUCCCUUCAAAGCAGCACUCUAAACAAACUAACCAGUACGUUCCCCUAUCUUGGUCUCACUAAUAAUGUGGAAUGAACAGUUCUACAUUGUCAAUUUCCUCCAGCCAGAACAUUGAAUAUUGAGUGUGCUGGGCUAAACUAGUAAAGUGUAAUAGGUUUGAUAUCAAACUUGGUUACACCAGGGGACUAAGGAUAACCUAACCAGUAGAACGAGCUGUGGUGGUCAGAUUGCUAGAGUGGUCCUUUAAAUCCAUUAACUGUAUUCGCAUAAAGAUUCAACUUGUAUGUUUUUGCUCCCAAGAGUGAUAAAGUUACACCUACAAAGAGGAUAUUGAAAACUUUACCAAAAUAAAUAAAUAAAUGAAAUGAAUAAAUGUACGUUUUGUGAACAUGAUGCUUGUUUGCAGAGGGUACCACUGCAACUAUUGCAGCUUUAUCAAUGACGUAAAAGGGAUUUCUGUUUUAAAAAGAUGACCUAUUUUUCCUUUAUAAAUAGCAUUUUACAAUGAUGCAUAUAUUUUUUUCUACCUUAUACACUGUGACACAUCUUGGCUAAGGCCGCACUGAAGAUCACAAUUCUCAAUGGUCUAACCCAUAAUGCUUUGUAAGUCGUGCGUAAUGCUUUGUGGGACAGGUCUGUGAUUGUAAUACUGAAAUAUAAUGCAGCCCAAAUCAUUAUAAGCAUUAAAAAAACAUAUACAACUAUUCAUGUUUUCACUCCUUCAUGCUCAGUAUUAUACCAAUAUUGCAUUGUGCAUAUUUAGAUUGUGUGUGUGUGUGUGUGUGUGUGUGUAUGUAUAUGUAUAUAUAUAUAUAUAUAUAUAUAUAUAUAUAUAUAUAUAUAUAUAUAUACAGUCUCACCUUCAGUGCAGGAUUAAGCACAUGCCACUAUGUCCAGCACUCACACACACACAGGUUUGGACGAGGUUUGUCUGGGAAAAGUCCAGUCAUUGUUAAUAUAACGAAAACAGUUUGCACAUCGAUGUAACCUGGCAGCCAAGGAGAGUGGACUGGAAUGUGCAUGCGUGAAGAAUGACGACUUCAUUGUACUAGUCAGUGUGGGCACUAGACGUUGUUGAGUGAGUAUGUGUAUUGUGUGUCUGUUACAUUCAAAAUGACCGAGCGAGUAGAGCAACAAAUAUGUACCAAAUUUUGCAUUAAGCUUGAACAUUCCUCCUCAGAAAGUAUUCAGAUGAUUCAGAAGGCUUCCGGGGAUGAUGCAAUGAGUGCAGCGCAAAUAAAAGUGUGGCACAAACGAUGCAAAGAUGGUCGUGAAUCUGUUGAAAUUUUUGGGGCCCUGCAACUUCUGUCCUUUCCUAAGACUAAAAUCACACAUUGAAGAGAUUUCAGACCGUUGAUGAGAUUUAGGUAAAUACGACGAGGCAGCUGAUGGUGAUUCCAACAAAGGAUUUUGCAGAGUGUUUUAAACAGUGGAAGAGACGCUUGGAGACGAGAACUGUGUAAGGUGCCAAGGUGCCUUCUUUGAAGGGGACUGAGUCGCCCUUGUUCUAUGUGCAAUGUUUAUUGUAUCUUCUUCAAUCAAUGUCUCUACGUUUUGUAUUACAUGGCUGGAUACAUUCCGGAAAGACAUUGUAUAUACACAUUGAUAUAUGUAUAUAUCAAGAAAAUAAAAAAAUAUCCUAAGAAAAUCAAAUAAAAGAUAAUUUUGGGUGUGGGGCACCAGUGGCUUUCUAAUUUCCCAAUUCGAAUAAGCAAAACAGUGGAACAUGAGAUAUUGUAUUAUUGUAUAUUCCUAUCUUUCCCCUGAAGCAUGUUUAUAGCACAGUGAGUUUUGGAAUGAAAGGCCUGGGGUAUCCAGAUACACCUUUCAGGAAGACAAACACAGGAAGCAUUCAGGAUGUAAACAAGCAUUUGACAAUGACAAGAGAACCAGUUCCUGUUGCUCUGUGCAGUGGGUCCAGAUAAGCCUCUAUUUAUUUGUAUUAAAUUUCAAAGCAUUCAAGAUAACCGAGACGACGAUUGAAAUUAAAAUCAAGGCAUUUAUAUAAUUUCUAUUUAAAUAUGCUAAUCAUUCAUCUUUACAAAGAUAUGUUCAUUAUCCAUUUUGUGGAUGAGUUUGUCCAAAAGAUGGCCCAUGGGCCGUAAGUAACCCUCUAAGGUUUAUGUCCAAUGACUCUAAAUUGUCACAAUAUUUGUGGUCUCUGGGCUCUAUCUAGUAUCCUUCCUAUCCUAUAUAACAGUGUUAACAGUAUCCUAACUGAUUCUUUGUAUUAGUGUGCUAUCAUAUUUAUUAUAUAUGUUUGGUUUAUACGAGACUCGUUUAACAAACAGGAAGGAAAGACGAGAGUCCUAUACUUUAAGUCCUCAUUUCUAGACAAGACAAGUCAGGUUGAGGGUGGGUUUACAAUUUUCAUAUUUUUGAUGGUUUUAUAUGUUUAGUUAUCUAUGUUUUUUUUAUUUUACACUUUAUUUACCCAUCAAUAUACACUUUUUAUAUAUUCUUGAUUUGUCUGGAAACUUUUUAAAGUUGUUAUCUGGUCUAGACAAAUUUGAUAUUUUCUUCCCUUUUAUUUAGGCACAAUAUAGUGUGUAUCCCAGAAGGAUUACCCAAAGCGUCAGCCUGCAGAUGUUUAAAAUAAUGAUAUUUUUUGUUGAUGAUACUGAUAUUUUACAACAAGCUUUAAUGCUCCUUAUUAACUUAGAGCGAGCACUUGAGAAACGCAUUGUUGGAUUCCUUUUGGUGGAGGUGCAGGGUGCAGACUAAGUGCUUGCCAAUGAUAUCUUUGUUAGGUGAUGUAAGUGGUGAAGAAGAAACAGGUGUGGUUUGUAAUGCGUCUUACUCCUUUGUACAAUAUGUUCCUAAAAAGUUUCAAACUUUUCCAUCUGUUAUCUGAUUGAAAGGCGGAAGAACCUGGUUCCUUCAAUUGUGGGAGAAUAUUACAAUUCCUGCUAUUUCGUAUUUCCACUUUUUUUUUUUUUAAAGAUCCAACAGAUUUUUAUAAAGUAGCAGAAUUUAUGAGCAAAGUAUAGCAAAUGAUAUGACCUCGAUCUCUUCCUGUGAUAUGUAUAUGCAGAGAGAGAGUGCUUGAGCGUGGAUGUAUGCAUAAUAUGCAUACUGAUAGUAUGCUGCUUUAAUUUCAUUGGAUAUUGAAAUGUCUAAUUUCAGUUUAGAUGUUGUUAAACCCCAUACUAAAUGAGGAGUAAGUGAGAUCUCAUUUUUUUGGUUGUAUUAUGCACAGGGCCAUAAUUUUGAAUGCAUGUCAUGAGUCCAUGGAUUUAUCCUUCCUGGGCAAAUUUUAAAUCAUUUAAAAGAACACAGAAAAGAAAACAAUUUUUUUGUAUUUUUAAAAUAAAUGAGUGGGAUAUACCAUCAAUUAAAUCAUGCAUUUAAUAAUGCAUUUUUUUCAUUGAGGGUCAAUCGAAAAUUAGCUUGCAAAAGCUGCAGAUCUAUUGUCUGCUGCCUUUGCAAGCCCUGCCCUUUUUGACCUAAAGUCUGUGCCAGGAUAUGGCCACUCAGAGGCUUCUCUUUAAGCCUGGUAUUUAAAGCAAGCUGACGUGCAUUAUGUGUGUGGAGGAUUCCCUUAAGUGCCACAGAAUGCUAAAAUAAUAUCACUAUCUUUAUGGGUCUCAGUCUCCCCAUUUUCAUAUGCAUACUUCCGGCAGGAUACUGUCAUUAGAUUUUUUUGGGAGGAGGUGGUGGGGGGGGGCGGGAUAUAUUGGUUUGUUGGAUAUCUGGUGCAUACAGGGGAAGCCAGCAGUAGAGAUCCUGUUACAGCUAUGUAAACCAUAGUGUGUCACACAAUCUCAUGAGCUCUGAGCAGUGGAAAUCUUGUAUAGUUGUUCGUGCAACAUGCGCACCUUAGAUGUCUCUCAGCUGUCUGAGACCAAGGGGGAAUUCUUAUAGCUGCUACAAUUGUAGCUAAUCACUGCAGUUAUAAGCCGAUCUUAGCUGGGAGAGUGGGAACUUUUUUUAAUGAAGCAAAUUACUUAUAGUGCUUAGAGUGAUUAUUGAAAUACUUUUUACCGCACAUAAAAGGAGUCCUGCAUGGACUUUAAAAGAACCAUGGUUGACUAAUGUGUAUUAAAUGUAACUACAUAUGUGUAACGGACCGUUUCGCUCACAAGGGGAUAAAAACCAUUUAGGCGAUAAUCCCCUUCCAGAUAGACCAGCAGCUACUGCAAUCACCAACCUCCCGAUCUCCAAACUGCACGUAUUCACCAACUCCCGAACAGGAAACACACGAACCCUGGAAGCAGCCGAACAGGAAAAGCCCUAAGAACAGUUUACACUCCUGGCAAUCGGCAUACAGUCAAAUUCCCCCCAAGAAUGAGACGACACUUCACUUGGAGGGUUAAACAGGAACAACCUGUACUGUCACAUACAGUCUCUUUUAUUCCCAAUCCACAAACAUAGUACAGCCCACAGGGCGUUACAAAACAACCAAUCAAUCCGUACAAUACACCCAGACACUCCCACACAAAAUCCUCCCCUCUGCAGGUGAUAUGAUUACUGAACACAAUGGGUGAUCUCAUUAUCACCGGCAGAGGAAUACAGUUUUUACACAAUAUUUAUAACUUCUAAAAUAUAUAUGUCACAAACAUAAAACAUAAAUUUUCAUAAUCAAUCCAUUCAGGGCAACAACAUAUUAAAAAAUGGCACGAAUCAGACCAGGGGUUCAAAAGUUAAGGGAAAGUCCUUUGUGGCUAAAUGAAGCAUGGCUUUCUGGCCCAAACCAGUUUCAGAGUCUUCUAUCCUGGAGAGUAAUUCAAUUAUCUCCCAGGAUAGACACAAGACUCCAUUAAGCACAUGGUUGCAAAAGACACAAAACACUUUAAAAUACAUAAAGUCACAUUUACACAUAACACACAGACAUUUCACAUAUCCCCAGAUAGCUGGGAUCUGAGUGCACAUUAUUAGAUGAAUGGCACUCAGAUCACACAAAUAAGCCUUUCUGCAGGGGAAAUAAACAGUUUAACCUGCAGGGCCAUAGUCCAAAGGGAGCAGGCGAGCAACCAGGCUUCUCCAGUUCACAGUGGCGAGGUUGGUUUCGCCACAAUAUGUUUUUAAAUUUCACCAUCAAACCUUUGUUCCAAAAUAUUUCUUCUUGUAGAAAAUGAGCAUAUCACAGAUUGAAUUCACUGGAGCAUCUGAAUACUCUGUGCAUAUGUGAGUGCUUAUUAAGAUAUUGUGUGCAUGUGCAGAAGUGGAUUACUACUUAACAUGCAUGUAUGCCAUGAAAACAUGAUCCUUUUAAGUUUGGAAUGUUUAGUUCUUGGAACGCAUGUACUUAGCAGUAUUUCCAGAGUUCAGUCAUGAUCUCAUAUACUCCAAAUUUUUUGAGUUGUCUGUAAUAUGUUACCAGUGAAUAUUCAAAGUUUUACAUUCUGCUGUUUGUACAGUUUUAAAGGAACACUCCAGGCUCGAUAACAACUUCACUGAUUUAACUCCAAAGUCUCCUGCUCCUCACAAAGAGACUAGAAAAGGUACCUCUGGGAAAAUUGAUGAACCUCUACCACUGAUACCAUCAUCAGUUUGAGAUGAGUCUGUAUUUUAUCAUACACUUGUGAGAUUAACCUUGAAUUUCUCUCACCAAGUGGAUUUUACGUAUUACCCUAUUUGGUUUUUGUCCUUUUAUAUUUUGUAGAUAAAAAAAUAAAUGUAUGUUCCUAAAACAGCAAUGUAUUCUGCUACAGGGUUAAAAAUAGUCUCUUUAAGAAAAUAGCUUUUCUUAAAUUUAAUAAUUCAUCUGUUUACUUGAUAACUCCUUAAAUUGGUACCCUUAUGUGGAAUUCACAUAUUUUAAGGAAUUUUAUACUGUAAAGAAUACAAAUCUGCAUUCCUUAAACUAUAGAAAUGCUUUAAAAAAAAACCUUGGUUACUCACCUGCUUCCAGCACCGACCUCCCUCGGUGCUGGGUUGGCACUCCGCCUCCUCUGACGUCAUCCGACCCAGGGACCUAAUGCAUAUGCACAGUGAGCACCAUAAGCGCAUUAUGCCCUCGAGGAGGAAAGUUACCUUAAGAUUGUGCCCAGGGGCCUCCUUGCACCAUAAUAACUUAAUUUUGAUUAAGUUGUUAUGGUAACCAGAGUCUCACUUUAACUUGCUAUACGUAUUUAUCUCCUGCUCUGUAAACUUAACUUAAACACACACAGGAGGCUCCUGCAGGGUCUAGGAGGCUAUUAACACAGCAAAAGAUUAGACAUUCUUGAUUAAACAGACUCUGCAAUACAGGAACCUAUGUUCUUUUUCAUUAAGUGCUUAGGAAGGCUGUGCAAGUCACAUGCAGAGAGAGAGGUGUGACAAGGGCUGUAUAAACAAAGUGAUUUCAAGGAUCACUAACAUGUAUUCCUGACCCUAUAGUGUUAAAACCACCAUCUAGCCCCCCUGGGCCCCUCAUGCCUCCAUAAAUAUAGCAAAAUCUUACUGUAUUCAAGCCAGAAGCUGUAACUCUGCAUGCUGUUUGCCUAAAAAAAACAAGCAGUCUGCUGACAUCAUCAGAAGUGGUAGCCUGAGCCAAUCACAAUGCUUCCCCAUUGGAUUGGCUGAGACUGACAAAGAGGCAGAUCAGGGGCAGAGCCAGCAUGAUUCAAACACAGCCCUGGCCAAUCAGCAUCUCCUCAUAGAGGUGAAUUGAAUCAAUUAAUCUCUAUGAGGAAAGUUCAGUGUCUGCAUGCAGAGGGAGGAGAUACUGAAUGUUUGGAUGCAUUUUAGGCAGCCAUGACCCAGGAAGGAUCUCUAACAGCCAUCUGAGGAGUGGCCAGUGAAGUUAUCACUAGGCUGUAAUGUAAAAACUGCAUUUUCUCUGAAAAGACAGUGUUUACAGCAAAUAGCCUGAAGGUACUGAUUCUACUCAACAGAACAAAUUCAAUAAGCUGUAGUUGUUCUGGUGACUAUAGUGUCCCUUUAACUACUAAAUUGAAGAGAAUUGAGCAGUGAGGCUGCAGGGGCAUGAUCUAUACACCAAAACUGCUUCAUUAAGCUAAAGUUGUUUUGAUGCCUACAUUGUCCCUUUAAUACAGAAAGAAAAGUUACAUUGCCUAAUACUUAUAAAAAGCUGAACUAGUCCUAGUACAUUAUUGUUAGAUUUAAGUAUCACAAUGAAAAUGUAUCUUCUGCACUACAGUUCAUUAGCACAAAAUCCUCCCUUGGGAUUUAUGAUAUUAGGCUUAAGCAGUAUUACAUGAUUUUACAUAGCACCUCGUUACGAUAUUAUUUCACUGCUCACUUGAGACAAGUACUUAUGCAAAAUGUAUGCCUCUUCCAUGGCUCUCUUUACAGUAGUUUUGACUUGAAACUUCCUUGGCAUAUUAGUCAUGCAGUCAUUUCUAUAAGGACAGAAAAACGUGCCAAAGUUGUCCAUUAAAGGGACAGCUACAUGUUGAAUAAGUAUUAAUCUGCAAUUUUUUAGUUCCUGGCAUUUUAGCAUUACUGUCACUUGUGUUUUUUUUUUUUAAAGACCACGUGGAGAUGUAAAAAAGGUAAGUAAAGCUGACAUUUUCUUGCAUUUAGAGGGGGCCGGUAAACAUUGAACCGGUAACUAUACUGUUAGGAUUAUAUGUUUGCAUUCCUAACACUAUAGUGUUCCUUUAACUUUAUUUAAAAAAAAUAUAUAUAUAUUUAUUAUUAUAGAAUUUAAUAAAAAAUCGUCAGGUAUAUGAACCUGUGUUUUCUGUGAAUAGCAUUGUAUACGGGUGAUUGAGUGGUGCAUUUUUUAAGUUAGAGAAUGGAAAGGAAUGAUUUAGGAAAAUUUACCCAUCAUGCACUUUUAACCUGGGAAGAAAAUGUUUUUCUUGAUGUCUGCUCAAGUUCCUGUCCUAUUUAUGUCAAAUCCUAUUUUUUUUUCUCCAUUGUCAUUUUGCUAGUGGCAGAGAUGUGAUGUGAAAUGGUGACAGCUCGUUUGUGGACACUAAAGCUAAAAAUAUUUCACAUUCAAUAAUUCUGAUGGGUUUAGAAGUUCUGUUGCUUACAGUUUAGAUCCGAGAUUUACUCAGUUAACGCUUCAUUACAUUUUAUUUUAUUUAUCGUCUACAAGGUUUGACCAGCUAAAGAUAUGUCUGUCUCAGUGUUUGCAGGUCGGUGCCAAUCACAUGAUCUGGCCAUUUAGGAGCCUCAAUCACAAAUUAUAAUUUUCUCGAGUUCUUAAAAUAGAAUUACAUGAGAUUGCUAUAAUUUAAAACUCUUGACAAUUUUUUUUUACCCUUUCUAUUAUACAUUUACUGUAAUGUUUUAAUUUUAGAUGAUGCGUGUUAUAUUUCAGCCAGGAAUCCUGAUGACUAAGUUAACUGUUCAUUUUAUGAUUUACAUGUGUUUUAGUUCAUUGAACGGCUCAUAUAAAAAGAGAAAAUGUACAUGUCAGAGAAUAUGUGCAGAUAUGCACACCUAUUUGAGAUAGCUCAGUGAUCUAAUGUAUCAUCAGUAAAAUCUGUUCAACCCUUGGGGGUUGCAGGUUCAAAUCCUGGCGUAGAUAAAAUGAGUGCUGUUAAUUUGGGUAAUAGUAACAUCCCCCGAAUGUACCAGGAAACCAGAGCAAUCUGAAUGUACCUUUCCUGGUUAAAUACUUUAUAAUUAUUUGACUAACACCUGGUGUAACAAAAAAAUACUUUCAGUCCUUCACAAAAAAAAAUAUUUUUUAUUUGUAGGUGCACUAAAUGUGAAAGGAGGAAUUAUGUACUUAUGGCAAAACAAGAUUUAUAUGAUAUCAAUCUAGCAUUUUAUGUUUUGUGAUUUAUUUAUUUUUUGGUUUUAUUUCAAAGUCUUCAUAUCGCCUACAGGGCUGAUUGAUUUCCAUUUUCGACUAUACUCAUAACGAUUGAUACACACACACACACACACACACACUCAUUUCAACUUUCAUAUGUAUGUUAAUUAUUGAACGUAGACAUUGCUUCUAUUAUUUUGACUGAGCAGUGAUACAUGUUUCUGAUCUGCUAUUUUGAUCUGCAGGAAAGGCAGUGAGUAGAGAGGGAUGGUAUAACAAUGCACCAUUUAUGUCUUAUCUUACAUAUGGCGUGGACUACUUUUCUCAUGAGACUUAUCCAGCCAUUCUUACUACAAAAGAUUAGCCAUCACAAGUGGAAACUGCACAGUUCAUGUGCUCUGUAUACACCAAAAGUUCUCAAAGCCUGUUACAUAGUAUUCCCAAAAUUUAAUUAACCCCUUAAGGACCUAAUAUCUGGAAUAAAAAGGAAUCAUGACAUGUCACACAUGUCAUGUGUCCUUAAGGGGUUAAAGGAACACUACACUCACCUAAACAACUUUAGCUUAAAGGGAAACUCCAGUGCCAGGAAAACAACCCGUUUUCCUGGCACUGCAGGUCCCCUCUCCCUCCCACCCCCCAAUCCCCGGUUGCUGAAGGGGUGAAAACCCCUUCAGUUACUUACCAGAAGCAGCGACAUGUCCCACGUUGCUGCUUCUUCCUCCACCGCCGCUCCUCCCUUUGAUUGCGUCGGCCGGUGGGCGAGACUGAUCCCACCCACCGGCCGGGGAGACCUAAUGCGCAUAGGAAAGCAUUGAAAAUGCUUUUCAAUGCUUUCCUAUGGGGAAAUGAGCGAUGCUGUAGGUCCUCACACAGCGUGAGGACGUCCAGCGACGCUCUAGCACAAAUUUUCUGUGCAAUGAUGCAGGAAGUGCCCUCUAGUGGCUGUCUAGUAGACAGCCACUAGAGGUGGAGUUAACCCUGCAAGGUAAUUAUUGCAGUUUAUAAAAAACUGCAAUAAUUACAGUUGCAGGGUUAAGAGUAGUGGGAGUGGGCCUGGAGUGUCCCUUUAAUGAAGCAGUUUUAGUGUAUAGAUCAUGCCUCUCAUGUUUCACUGCUCAAUUCACUGCCAUUUAGGAGUUAAAUCACUUUGUUUCUGUUUAUGCAGCCCUAGCCACACCUCCCCUGGCUCUGAUUGACAGAGCCUGCAUGAAAAAAAACUGGUUUCACUUUCAAUCAGAUGUAAUUUACUGUAUAUACUUGAGUAUAAGUCGUGUUUUUCAACACAUUUUUUGUGCUGAAAAACCCCCACUCGACUUAUACUCGAGUUAGAAGCCCGGCGGUCCUGUUGGGGGCUGGCAGAGAGCUGUGACUUACCUUUCCUGCAGCUCCUGUCAGCUCCCUUCUCCUCUGUGCCAUUCAGCUCCCUUCUCCUCCGUGCCAUGAAAUAAGUAGUUUAUUUACACUGUUCCAGCGCCAUAUGAGACCUGUUGCGGCUGGCUCCACCCAUGCUCCGUCUCCUUGGGUGAGAUAAUCAAUCCUGAUGAUCUAAGUCAAUCCAAUGCUUUCCCAUAGGAGGCUAAUGCACAUGUGCAAAAUGCAGCGCUGUGCCAAUCAGCAUCUCCUCAUAGAGAUGCAUUGAGUCAAUGCAUCUCUAUAAGGAACAUUCCGUGCUGGCCAUUAGAGGUGUCCCUAGGGAGCAAUGUAAACAAACAAUGCAUUGUUUACAUUAAAAUACCUUCAGGGACACUUCUGACACCUAGAUCUGUAGAUCGGUAUCUCGAAAGGAAACAACUACUAGAUGAUAUCAGCUGUAAACACUCCAUGGUUGUGGAUUAUGCUUUAUGGGCUUUAGGGGUAUACACACACACUGCAUUCAUACACACACACACACACACUGCAUUCAUACACACACACACUGCAUUCAUACACACACACACACACUGCAUUCAUGUACACGCACACACUGCAUUCAUACACACACACACUGCAUUAUAUAUACACACACGCACUGCAUUCAUACACACACACACACUGCAUUAUAUACACACACACACACUGCAUUCAUACACACACACACUGCAUUAUAUAUACACACACGCACUGCAUUCAUACACACACACACACUGCAUUCAUUAUAUACACACACACUGCAUUCAUUAUAUACACACACUGUAAAUAAAUAUUCAAUUAAUAUAUUUUUUGGGGGAUCUAAUUUUAUUUAGAAAUUUACCAGUAGCUGCUGCAUUUCCCACCCUAGUCAUAUACUCGAGUCAAUAAGUUUUCCCAGUUUUUUUGGGUAAAAUUAGGGGCCUCGACUUAUAUUCGGGUCGACUUAUACUCGAGUAUAUACGGUACCUUAAAUAAUUGUAUCUCUUUAUCUGUAAAUUGAACUUUAAUCACAUACAGGAGGCUCUUGCAGGGUCUAGCAAGCUAUUAACAUUGCAGGGGAUAAGAAAAUCUAAAUUAAACAGAACUUGUAAUGAAGGAUGGAUAAAUGUUAGAUGACUCUUUACAGGAAGUGUUUAGGAAGGCUGUGCAAGUCACAUGCAGGGAGGUGUGGCGAGGGUUUAUAAACAAAGUGAUUUAACUCCUAAAUGGCAGAUAAUUGAGCAGUGAGACUACAGAGACAUGAGCUAUACACCAAAACUGCUUCAUUAAGCUAAAGUUAUUUUGGUAACUAUAGUGUCCCUUUAAUGUCUGAUAUUAGAACAAGCAGCUUGAUAACAAGUACAGGUUAAUUGGUAAGGAAGAUUUAAGCAAUCAUAGGACAUUUCUCAAAAGUUUAGACACUAAUGCUUUCACUAAUGAUUUGUCAGUCAUGCUAUAGAUUAAUAUUUUUGUAAACUGCCUUUGAGAAGUAUCUUUCAUAGAAUCUGUCCUUUACUAAAUCUACUAAAAUAAAAACCUUAGUUUUUUUUUUCAGUGUUAAUUUAUUUAUAUUUUAUUUUUUUGCAUACAUAAAGAAAAAAGGAAAACACAAAACAGCACACAAUAACAAAAAAAAACCCUUACUUUUUGACAUUAUAUAUUUUUUGUUUGUUUGUUUUUUGUAGGUUCCCUGACAGACCUCAACCUGAACGGUCCUGUUGGACAAAGACCAGUAAGGAUGUCCAGUACUGGAGAAGAAGAGCCCAGGACUUCAGCGUUUUAUUAGGACAAGGAGAGGAUGGAGGAGCAGUGGACAAGAUAAUAACAUCGGAUAUUGGAGGAAAGCGGGAGUGCAGCAUUGUUGAAAGAAAUGUCACUGACGGCAGUAACGUAGUAAACAUGGAAAAUGGAAGGAACAACAUGAUCUUUAAGCACUGGAAACAACCUCUUGAAGACAGGCAGGAACAUGCAAACAAAAACAUUACAAAAGAUUUUAAAGCAUCCGGGAGAGAAGGGUCAGAUGCAACUAGUGAAAAAUCACCACAAGAAUUCAUCUCAGCUACGCAUGGAGACAAAGCACUUGUGUGUCAUAAUAUGCUAAAACCACAGUUGUUGCCAAAAGUUAUUUCACCUGAAAUUGUAAGGCCUGCGAAUAUUCCCUCUGUUACAGGUGAUAAUUCUCCGUUGAAACACGAAAUAACACAAUUACAGGAUAAAUAUGUUGCAAGUAACGAUUGUAGACGCAAUUCAUUUUCAAAGCCGAAAUAUAGUCGACCAUCAAAGCCUCCGUCAUAUGAACUUCACCAGCAAACCUGGGGUGCUGUUGAAUCUAGUGAAAGUCCAGACAGUCAAAAAGAUGAACAGCUUUUGUUUUCUGGCAAAGUAGAAUCUUCCCUAGAACCUUGUUUUCAAGAGACAUGCCUUGAGCCACCUAUUUAUAUACCACCGCCAUCUUACAAGUCUCCUCCUCUUCAAAAUGCUACUAAUCAGUCUUUUAUUAAAGUGCCUAAAGUUGGAGACUGUUGUCACCAAAUUUACCCGGUGGAGAAAACCAGCACAAGUAAUAAAGCACUUACUAGUUUCCCAGGAAAUAAUGUUCCUUACGACAAACAAGUCAACCACGGACAUGGUGACAACUGUAAAGAGUGCAUACAGUAUAUUUCUUUUGAUGACCCUUGUAUAAAGCAUAUUGCAGUGCCACGUGACAAAGAAAAGCAGGACCAUAGUAAAAAGCGCAUUGAAAUGAAGGAAUCUAAAAAUCAGGAAAGUAAUGUCCAAAAGAGAGAGAGAGUCAGUGCCUUUACCAAAUCCAAAAAUGGUGGGAACAAUUACGUGAAAAGAGAAGGUAUCAAGCACAAGCAAUGGUUACACGUCUCGAUUCCAGAUCAAAUGCGUUAUCCAUUGCCAGAAUAUAGAGAUGGGUCUACAGCAUGCAGUUUACCUGAUGACCAUGAACCUACUCACAAGCUAUCACUAAAAAAGACCCACUCCGACAGUGCUUGUGAAACUGUAACUAAAGUUAAAAAGUUUGGGCCUGACACAUAUCUUCGGAGCAAAAGAAAUUCGAAGAGAAGGCUAAAUGAAACAAUAUUUUGCUUGGUGUCUAUUCCAGUAAAAUCUGAUUCGGCCUCGUCAGAAAUUAGUAAGAAUAACAAAGGUUUAGCAGACGCUACAGACAGGAUGAACAUGCUAAAACACAGCAGUGGGGGUCUGCCCGAGCAAAUGCUUUUAAGUACAUCUUCCAGUGACUUGGAGCUACAAACACUUACAGGAAGUAUGAACAAUAAUUCUGAGCUACUAAAGCAAGCACAGUCCAAAACAGAGGAAAACAAACAGGCAAAUGACCUCACAUCAGUUGAGCAGAGGAAACAUCGAGAACUUGCAUAUUCUGGUUCCUGGCCAGGUGACCAGUACAAAGAUCAGCAAACCCAAACUGUGUUUACAGAUAUACAAAAUUCAACAUUUUGUGAUGGUUCAAAAUCUAACGAACAGCACACAAAAUGUUCGGCGUCCAACUGUGGUCCAGCUGAGUUAAUACUAGCUCCAGAAAAUGUCAGGCACAAUAUGUACAGUAUGAAAGGCCAGAUGAGUCUUAGUCCUUCUAGCAACAGUGCAUUUUCAAGGACAUCCUCAUUAAUGACACAUUUAACUAAAGCAGAACCAUGCCAAAGGCUGGAGUUGUCAAAUGAGAACGCAAACGGAAAAGAAAAACUAGCAGUUGGUAAAUGUGAAAAGAAUGAGAUUGAGGAAGGACAUUUUUGCAAUAAAAAAGAGGUUUUCGGUCAGUUUCUUUUGAAACCGGUCAAUCGUCGUCCCUGGGAUGCAAUAAGUGAAUUGGAAAGUUUGAAUAAAGAGUUCCAAGAACAGGAACGUGCUAACGAGGGUGAAAAGAAUGUUGCAAAGGAUGAAACUAAGGAAGUCCCAAUGGAAAUCUGUACAACAAAAAAUGCCACUGAGAACGAAAUGGCGAGUAGCCAUCAGCACGUGCUAAAAAUACAAGAGAUUCCAGCAUUUGAGCAGUUGCAAGAGAAACGUAAAUCAGAAAGCUGGUGCACAGAAAAGUUAAUACAUGACAAUAAAGAUGGAGAUAAAUUACAAAAAUGUGCCAAAAUAAAAAACAUCAAAAGUAAGUCUGGAAAAUUACUAGAUGAAUGUGUGACAAAAGAAGUACAGGUCCAAAGCAAAAGAACUGAAAAUGCCACCGGCAUAAGUCAUUCUGUUACACCCAAUGUGCACCACAUUAAAUUAAAAAUUCAUACACACUCAAGUCAAGUACACAAUGAUAAAAGUCAAUGUGCUCCCGUAGUUAAUUCAUAUUACUUUAGAGAAGAUAAAAAGUAUUUUGAGCGUCCAGCUGUGGAUGUUAUUAAAAUGACCUCUACAAAAUUUGGUGAAGUUAGUGAUACAAUGAAAAAGCUUUCACAAGAAGACCGGAAUCAUGGGCAAUCUGUUCCUGAUUUAACAAAACAAGCUGACGACGCAAACCAUAAUGAAGAGUUAUACGAAGUGAACAAUGAUUCAGACAUUCCCGAGAACGAAUCACUUUAUGAACGAGCUGCCAGAAUUUUAGGAAUUGAUGUAGCAGGAGAUACUUUGGUGUCUCCUGGGUGUUCAGAAGCUCAAAGUCCAGAAAAUUUGACUUCCAAUGGGAGAGGUCAACUGGAGGAGAAGACAAAAGAUAAAUUUUGUGAAGUUUCUUUUUCUAUGAAGGAAACAUCUGGGGUUUUUAGUAAUUUUCACCAUUCACCUACAGAUACAGAGAGACCUGGACAAAAGCUAAUGAACUUUGAACAAGGUCAGGUGUCACCACUGUCCAACUCUCUGCACGGUGAGCUGAAUGUGUCCCGUAAUGCUGAAAAAAGAGUCAGGAACACAUCAAAGAUGAUUGAAACCUUACAAGGAAAGCUUGCGUCCACACCUGUACGCACUGCCGUUGAUCGUUUGGCCCGCAUGAAAGAAGUUGACUCAGUUUCUCGUAUGAGACGAUUGAGCAUUAAAAGCACAGAUUCAGGAGAUGAAGUAGAUGAUGAAAAGCAAUUGUACAGAGUACAAGAAACAGGAGCACGCAAAUUUUCCGCUGGUGCAAUUUACAAACGGGUUAUAUCACUUGAUGAAAGUCUUCUAAUAACAAAAAGCAGAGAUACUUUGGAUUUGUCUUUUGCUGGUAAGAGAAAUAUAACUAUCUUUAGCCAUGUUAUAUUAUUUUUGAAGGUUUGACUGACAGCAAUGUCAGCGGUAGUGGAAACAAUGCUAAGAUAAUGCAAUUCUUGUCUACCAUUCAAUAUCGGCAACAGUAGUAUUUAAACAUUGAUGAAACGUGUUGUAGGAAUGUUAAAUCAAAAGUAUAAGUAACAGUCAUAUUAACUCGCACACAUACAUAAAAGUUAUAAAUAUCACUAACACAUAGCUAGAAAUUCCUAAUUUUUGGUUUAAUCCCUUAAGGACCAAACUUCUGGAAUAAAAGGGAAUCAUGACAUGUCACACAUGUCAUGUGUCCUUAAGGGGUUAAAGACCUCUAUAAGAUUAAGUAGAUAGCUUACCUUUAAACAUAUAGCUUUAAACCUCCACCCUCUCCCUCUCUCCACCCCCAUGAAAUAGGUAGUUUAUUUACACUAUUCCAGCGCCAUAUGGGACCUGUUGCGGCUGGCUCCACCCAUGCUCCGUCUCCUUGGGUGAGAUAAUCAAUCCUGAUGAUCUAAGUCAAUCCAAUGCUUUCCCAUUGGAGGCUAAUGCACAUGUGCAAAAUGCAGCGCUAUGCCAAUCAGCAUCUCUUCAUAGAGAUGCAUUGAGUCAAUGUAUCUCUAUAAGGAACAUUCAGUGCCUCCAUGCAUAGCGUGAAGGUGCUGAACGCCAGUGCUGGCCAUUAGAGGUGCCCCUAGGGAGCAAUGUAAACAAACAAUGCAUUGUUUACACUAAAUUACCUUCAGGGACACUUCUGACACCUAGAUCUGUAGAUCAGUAUCUCGAAAGGAAACAUCUACUAGAUGAUAUCAGCUGUAAAAACCCCAUGUUUGUGGAUUAUGCUUUACGGGCUUUAGGGGUAUCAGCAGUGGCUGGGUAAAUUGAGAUUCUUAAACCCACCCACCCCCCCAACCCCCAUCUGUGCUAGCGUCCUCCAGCUUCACGAUGAAUACGAGUUUGGAGAUCAGCCUCUUCUUCCUCACUCGAGGCCUCGAGAUCUCUCCUGAAGCAAUCUGCUCCAAAUACUCGAAAAUAUCUUGAACAAAGAGCUUGAAGGCAUAAAGGGUGUCCCCAAAAGUAUACGUGCCCGUUAUUUCUGGUGAGAAUUCAACUGGCUGGCAGUCAGGCCCAGCCCCCAAGUUUGACUUUUUUUUUUUAUUCUUUAUUUUUGUUGUGCAUUAUAGGUUACAAACAUGCCUGUUAUGCCACGACAGCAGUCACAGGUAUAGCAAAGUAAACAUUGUCAUGACGGGUUUAAGCUGCACAUUUUUUAUAAGUAGAUAUGCGUACUAGAAUAUGAGCAGUGUGGUAACAUAGACAUGCUAAGUGCCUGUAGAGUAACCUAGAAGUAAAUAAAGAUAAACAUGCAGAGCCUAUGAGUAACUAUAUCUAGCUUGUGUGAAGAUUCCUUUGGGUAUGAAUUCAAACGGGGUAAGAUAUGGAACAACACAGGUAGCUUGCAUCUUUGCCCACACAAUUAGUAUACCACCCCAGGCUGUACUGAGACAUAUUAAGGACAUCCUUAAUGACCUGCCACUUAUGUGAAUGCCAUUCCUGCUUCAAAACUUAGUAUAGGAAUAAACAUAUGGCUUUGGCAAGGCUGAGUAAGUAAAAUAGUGUAGGUCUGUUCAUGAGCAAGAGGGAGCAUGGUAAAAACAGUGGGAAGGGGUAUAACCUGCAGCUCUAGCAUGGCGGUCAGCCUAUCCCCUGUACAGGGAAUUCACAGUCCCACGUGGUAUGUGCUUCCUUCUUCGGAGCCAUUGCAGCGGGUCCUGGGUCUGCAGUUGCUUCCCCCAUCUCUCUUCCUUCAGAUUAACCUCCCUCCUGUGUCUCCUGAUGGUAUAUAGCUGCCGGGUUCGUCCACAUUCCGCUGUGUUCGGGGUUGCUUUCCUAAUGCGUCGCCGCUGCGCCCUUUGCCUUCUCCGUCUUGCUGGGACCUUGAUGACAGAAGCCUUACAUCGUGGGGUGCAUCUGGUAAGGUUAGAGGGUGUCACACCGGGCUGUGGAGCAGGUAGGGUCAUCUUUCUCUCCAGUUUUUCCCAGAAAGCAUCGAAGAGGGCUUCCAGGCGGUGGUGGAGAGUGGAUGCCUCUUCAUGCAGCUCUAGGUGUCUCGUGGCGUCCGCCAUUUUACUGGCCUCUAUGGCUGUUUCUUCAAUCGUGUAGUAUGAUACAACGAUUGCCUGCUGGUUGUUGGCAGCCAUCAGGGUGAGGACCGGGAUCACCCCCACCGGUCCAAAGGGGGGGGUAGCAGGGCAUUUCUAUCACGCUUGGGGCCAUGACUGCGCCCGUACAGGAGAGCGGCCGCCUCUCCCCUUCGAGGCGCCUGCUAGGCCGUAUUUUGCUUUGGCCACUGGAGUGCUUGGGAGAACCGCUUGGCUUGGUCUCUGAUCCCUUGGUCACGUCGUGGUGCGAAGGGUAAGUAUCAGGUUGAAAAGUAUUUGCUAUAUUAAGACUGAUUGUCCAUUUUGUACAGUGUGUCUCAGGGAGCUCCCCAUACACACAUCUAGUCGCCAUGCUGGUCAGGCCCCGCCCCCCGACUUUUUUUUUUUUAUACCACUUUUAAGUUUGUAAUUAUUAUCAUUUGUAUAGCUCCAACUACAAUCAGGGAAGAGAUCUCUAACCUCUCUCCCUCUCCUUCCAAUACAUCACCCAAUCACACUCCCUCCACUGUUCUAUGCUCAUUCGCACCUACUACAAUGGAGGAGGUUUCUGCUCUGCUCAGGUCCUCCUGCCCCACCACCUGUUCCCUCAAUCCUAUUCCCUCAUAUCUCAUCCACACUCUGUCUCCCUCUUUUGCUCUUCCUCUCACUAACAUUUUCAAUCUCUCCCUUUCCUCCGGCACAUUUCCUUCACCCUUCAAGCAUGCAACUAUAACGCUGAUACUGAUAAAGCCCAACCUUAAGCCCAACUCCCCAUUCAACUACCGAUCUAUAUUGCUACUACUAUUUGCCUCCAAGAUCCUUGAGAGAGUUGUGUAUGCGAGAUUGACAGACUUCCUCGAAUCCAACUCUCUGCUUGACCCACUUCAGUCUGGAUUCCACGCUCGUCACUCUGUUGAAACAGCUGUGACCAAAGUAUCCAAUGAUUUAAUCUCUGCUAAAUCUCGUGGCCAUUACUCUAUCCUAAUUCUCCUUGAUCUUUCUGCUGCCUUUGACACUGUUGAUCAUCAACAGCUUCUUCUCAUUGUCCGUAAUCUCAGUCUACAAGAUACUGUUCUCUCCUGGUGCUCCUCCUACCUCUCCCAGCACUUUUUCAGUGGUAAUUUCUCUGGCUAUGCCUCUUCUCCACAACCCCUCACUGUUGACGUUCCCCAAGGUUCUGUCCUUUGUCCCCUAUUGUUCUCAGUCUACACUGCCUCCCUUGGUAAACUCAUCAGCUCCUUUGGCUUCCAUUAUCAUUUAUAUGCAGAUGACACACAAAUCUACCUGUCCUCUCCUGAUCUCUCCCUGCCCAUCUUGAUUCGUGUCUCUGACUGCCUCUCCGCGAUUUCCAACUGGAUGGCUGCUCACCUUCUUAAACUCAACCUGUCCAAAACAGAACUUAUGGUCUUUCCUCCCUCAAGUGUUGCUACUCCUGUGUCUCCCUCCAAGUCAACGGUGCCACAAUCACCUCUACCUCGCAGGUCCGCUGCCUAGGUCUUCUCUUUGACUCCGAUCUCUCCUUCACCCCUCAUGUUCAGUCGAUCACCAAAUCCUGCCGCUUCCAUCUCAAAAACAUAGCUCGCAUCCGCCCCUAUUUAAUACCAGAUGCAGCUAAGGUGCUGGUCCAUGCCGUUGUUCUUUCUUGCCUUGACUACUGCAAUCCCCUUCUGAGUGGUCUCACGUGUUCCUAGAUUGCAUCACUGCAAUUUAUAAUGAAUUCGGUGACGAGACUCAUUUUCCUGUCCGCCCGCACUUCCCACGCCUCCCCGCUCUGUCAGUCGCUACAUUGGCUUUCAGUUAGAUAUAGGGCUCAAUUUAAGAUUCUGGUGCUUGCUUACAAGUCCCUACAUAAUGCUGCUCCAACCCACCUAUCCUCCCUAAUACACAAAUAUGUCCCACCGAGAAAUAAGUUCUCAGCGAUUACUUUUCUAGCAACCUAUUUCAUUACCCCUACUUAUACCCUUUGUGUCACUAUACUAUAAACUGUAGUUGUUCUGGUGACUAUAGCAUCCCUUUAAGUGUACAUACCUUUCCACAUGCAGUGAUAGACUUUUGUCAUGUAUCAUGCACCAGUCGCCUCAUCCCUACACAUCAGAAUUGCUAAUCUGUAAACAUACAAAAGAUUUAAAAAAAAAAUAAAAAAUUGGAGACUCUGUUCCACAAUCCUGAUGUUAGGAGCAAGGAGGAAAAGAUUGGAAGAAGUGACAAGUCCUAAGGAGUCGUUAGAAACUAAUCAGAAAGUUUAAAAGACCAUAUUCUAUCUAGAAUGUAAGCUCAUUGAGCAGGGCCCUCCACCUCUCUAUUCCUGUAUGUCCAAUUGUCUGGCUACAAUUACAUGUCUGUUAGUUCACCCAUUGUACAGCGCUACGGAAUCUGAUGGCGCUAUAUAAAUAAUAAAAUAAUAAUAAUAAUUGCACAAGGGAUUCUAAGAGAGCGGAAAAGGUCAGAUUCCACGAAGUGUCAAACUAGAUCAAAGUAAGAUCCAGUUGAGCAGUAAGACCGAAAAUUGACCUAGAGUUGUCCGUCUUCCACACUCAUUCUCAAAUGCUAAGAGCAGGGUGUUCACUCCAGUAGUAUUGCUGCAUUUAAAUUAAGAUUAUUUUCUGUAACUUUCCUUCUCGUUGUGUGUUCCAGAUGCCUAUGAUCCAGCCAGGGUUGAAAGAGUUUAA